AUGAAAAUUUUGACUUUGAUUGCUAUUUUUUUGGUACUUAGCUGCUAUGCAAGACAAGACUCUAUAGAAUAAUUACUUAAAAAAAUAAAAAAUACCAAUCAUGGCGAAGAGGAGAUGAUAAAAAUGAUUAAUGUUGUCGAGAAGCUUAAUUUUUAGAAUAACAAAUUUACAAAGAAGGAAUAAGAUGGUAAUUAAUAAUUUUCAUUUAGAUGAUUCUACCUCGAAAUCAUUAUAACUUUCAUAAAUAAAUAAAUAAUUAUAUAAUUAUCCAAAUUCAACUUAUAAUUAUACAUAGUAGUCUUAUAACUAAACCCUAAAUGAUACAAAUAGCACAAUUACAAAUUCUAGCUAUCCAUCAUAGUAUAAUUAUUCAUAUCCAUAAUAUAAUACAAGUGCAAAUUAUUAUACAACAACUAAUACAAGUUAUCCAUUGAAUUCAACAAAUUAUACUAACUAUACAAAUUCUAGUUAUCCAUCAUAAUAUAAUUAUUCAUAUCCAUAAUAUAAUACAAGUGCAAAUUAUUAUACAACAACUAAUACAAGUUAUCCAUUGAAUUCAACAAAUUAUACUAACUAUACAAAUUCUAGUUAUCCAUCAUAAUAUAAUUAUUCAUAUCCAUAAUAUAAUACAAGUGCAAAUUAUUAUACAACAACUAAUACAAGUUAUCCAUUGAAUUCAACAAAUUAUACUAACUAUACAAAUUCUAGUUAUCCAUCAUAAUAUAAUUAUUCAUAUCCAUAAUAUAAUACAAGUGCAAAUUAUUAUACAACAACUAAUACAAGUUAUCCAUUGAAUUCAACAAAUUAUACUAACUAUACAAAUUCUAGUUAUCCAUCAUAAUAUAAUUAUUCAUAUCCAUAAUAUAAUACAAGUGCAAAUUAUUAUACAACAACUAAUACAAGUUAUCCAUUGAAUUCAACAAAUUAUACUAACUAUACAAAUUCUAGUUAUCCAUCAUAAUAUAAUUAUUCAUAUCCAUAAUAUAAUACAAGUGCAAAUUAUUAUACAACAACUAAUACAAGUUAUCCAUUGAAUUCAACAAAUUAUACUAACUAUACAAAUUCUAGUUAUCCAUCAUAAUAUAAUUAUUCAUAUCCAUAAUAUAAUACAAGUGCAAAUUAUUAUACAACAACUAAUACAAGUUAUCCAUUGAAUUCAACAAAUUAUACUAACUAUACAAAUUCUAGUUAUCCAUCAUAAUAUAAUUAUUCAUAUCCAUAAUAUAAUACAAGUGCAAAUUAUUAUACAACAACUAAUACAAGUUAUCCAUUGAAUUCAACAAAUUAUACUAACUAUACAAAUUCUAGUUAUCCAUCAUAAUAUAAUUAUUCAUAUCCAUAAUAUAAUACAAGUGCAAAUUAUUAUACAACAACUAAUACAAGUUAUCCAUUGAAUUCAACAAAUUAUACUAACUAUACAAAUUCUAGUUAUCCAUCAUAAUAUAAUUAUUCAUAUCCAUAAUAUAAUACAAGUGCAAAUUAUUAUACAACAACUAAUACAAGUUAUCCAUUGAAUUCAACAAAUUAUACUAACUAUACAAAUUCUAGUUAUCCAUCAUAAUAUAAUUAUUCAUAUCCAUAAUAUAAUACAAGUGCAAAUUAUUAUACAACAACUAAUACAAGUUAUCCAUUGAAUUCAACAAAUUAUACUAACUAUACAAAUUCUAGUUAUCCAUCAUAAUAUAAUUAUUCAUAUCCAUAAUAUAAUACAAGUGCAAAUUAUUAUACAACAACUAAUACAAGUUAUCCAUUGAAUUCAACAAAUUAUACUAACUAUACAAAUUCUAGUUAUCCAUCAUAAUAUAAUUAUUCAUAUCCAUAAUAUAAUACAAGUGCAAAUUAUUAUACAACAACUAAUACAAGUUAUCCAUUGAAUUCAACAAAUUAUACUAACUAUACAAAUUCUAGUUAUCCAUCAUAGUAUAAUUAUUCAUAUCCAUAAUAUAAUACAAGUGCAAAUUAUUACUCAUAAAAUAAUAUCAAUAAUUCUAAUCUUUCAUCAGCAGCCUAAUAGAGACUUGAAAAAUCCAAAAUAAGCUUAAAAUUAAGAAAUCAAAACAUUUCAUCUAACUUAACUAAUUAAACUUAGAGUGUCAAUCCAAUUGUAAACAAUGCAUCAAGUUCUUCAACACAAUCAUCAUUACCUUAAGUUGGUCCAACUUAACAAUUGAAUUAAUUAAGAGGAUCUAAGAAAUAAGCAUCAGGAACAUGGAAUUAAUUAGAUGAAAGCUAGUUUAGUAGUUCUAAUGCUCUUGUGAUUGAAGAAUCUAUUAAAGCAGUGAAUAUUAAGUUUAAUCCUGAGAACGAUGGAUUUAAAUUUGAUUCGAUCAUUAGUGUUCAUGAAUAAAUAGUAGCUGGAUUCAAUUAUAAUAUUAAAUUAAGAUAUUUGAAUCAAAUAUCAGAAUAAUAAAUUUAUGAAGUAAUCAUUUAUACAAUGUAAAAAUUUUUAUUAAUAUUAAUAGUCCUUGGGCAAAUAAACCAAAUCAAAUAACAAGCUGUAUUAGAUUUGAUCAAACCCAAGAAUGAAUUAAAUGAUUCAAUCAUUAAAUAAUAAAUAAUAU